AGAAGCUCUAUGGCAGCUCCACAUGUGGCAAGAGCUUUACACAGUUGUCGGGGCUGUGGAACCACCAGCGGGUGCACAGCAGUGAGCGGCCCUUCCACCUGCUCCGGACUGCGGAAAGGGCUUCAAGUCGUCCAAGGACCUGAAGUUGCACCAGCGCACCCAACACCGGUGAGCGCCCCUACACCUGUGCCCAGUGUGGUAAGGGCUUCACCCAUUCUCAGCAACCUGCUGGUGCCACCAGCGCGCCACACCGGCGAGCGCCCCUACACCUGCGCCCCAGUGCGGCAAGUGCUUCACCGAUCCGACUGCCUGCUGAAGCACCAGCGCACCACACCGGCGAGCGCCCUACACCUGCGUCCAGUGCGGCAAGGGUUUCAACACUUCCAGCAACUGCAGCAGCACCAGCGCAUCCACACCGGCGAUGGCCAGCCCUACGAGUGCCCGUAA